GGCGCGCGGGCGAGUUCCGCAGUUGCUGUGUGGGACGCUGGCUGCGCAGUGUCUCUGUCCUGCGCUCCGGUGUUGCUGUCACAGUCCGUCCCUUCCCGGAGCCCGGGGACAGACUGGGCGCGCGCCCGUGUGGGAGUGGGACUCAGGGCAGAGGUCGCCCCUGUCCCGGGAGGGUGGGAAGCCGCGUCCCCGCCCUGCCUGCGGGUGUCUCCGCAGCCGUAGCCGCACCUGCCUCAAUAUGAAUGGGGUCAACGACCCGCCUUUUAUAAAAGAUAUUAAGCCCGGACUGAAAAACUUAAAUGUCGUCUUUAUUGUGCUGGAGAUAGGACGCGUGACCAAAACCAAAGACGGCCAUGAAGUGAGAUCGUGCAAAGUAGCAGAUAAAACGGGCAGCAUCACUAUUUCCGUGUGGGAUGAGAUCGGAGGUCUCAUACAGCCAGGGGAUAUAAUUCGGUUGACCAGAGGGUAUGCAUCCAUGUGGAAAGGAUGUCUAACACUGUAUACUGGAAGGGGCGGUGAACUUCAAAAAAUUGGGGAGUUUUGUAUGGUUUACUCAGAAGUGCCAAAUUUCAGUGAACCCAAUCCAGAUUAUCGAGGACAGCAGAACAAAGGGGCACACAGUGAACAGAAGAAUAAUUCCAUGAAUAGUAAUAUGGGUACAGGUACAUUUGGACCAGUGGGAAAUGGUAUUCAACCUGGCCCUGAGUCACGGGGAUACCAGUUUUCAUAUGCUGGUAGAAGCAAUGGCCGGGGACCUAUAAAUCCACAGCUGCCAGGAACAGCCAAUAACCAAACAGUCAUGACCACAAUAAGUAAUGGCAGGGACCCUCGGAGAGCCUUUAAAAGAUGACCUAUGCCAAAUAUUCGCAUGUAGUUCUUAAGCUACAUGUUCUACUUGAACACUUACUGCACUUUUAUUUAUUGUUAACUGUGAAAACUGUGUACUUUUUUGGUUUCCUUUUCCAUUUUCAGUUUGUUAAGAAGAGGGAUUUGUUUUUAUAGCAAAACCUGUUAAGCUGCUCAAGUCUUCUGUUGAAGAAUGGGAACAUUCUGAAAAGUAGGGGCAUUUAUUUUUAGAACAAAAACGUUGGCUAUCCUCUAAAAAACCACCCAUUUCAUGGGUGAGUUACUUAAGACAUCAGCUUUAUAGCCUCUAUGAGUCUGUCUAUCUGUAUAAAUUUUGUAAUAUUAACAUAAGGCUUAGUGGAAGAUAUUCUUUUGUCUCACAUUCAGAUAAUUGCCAACUAAAGCAAUAACUACCAAAAAAAAAAAAGAAAGAAAAA